AGCAAUGAAGAGACAGGUAGAGCUCAUCAGCUUGCUUCUCCAGAUUCCAUGGCUUGCUCUUCUUUCUACCACUAAACAAUGCGCCAUGGCAGAUUCCCAAUCAUCCUUCUCCCUCCACAGCAGACACCCUUCAUCAUUGCUUUCGACCGAUCAUCUUCUUAAGGCCGAGCUCCUCCCUUGUCUUGCCACACCCAUCCCCCUUGAAUCCACCAACCUCGUGUGCUCGUCUUCCGAGCUCCCUUCUCCACCAUGAAGCCUUCUUCCAGCUCUGUCAAUGGUUUCUUCUCCUUCCUCGCCCAUGGCCUCGACGACCUCGACCGUUCCCUCGCGUCCGACGCCUUCAUGUCCCUCCAGUUCCUCUACCGCGCCGCGGGCCUGCUCCGGGCGCUCCACUCCCAGCUCACCUACCUGGUGCCGAAGCUCCACCUCCCUGUCGGUGGGAAGUGGCUCGACGAGUACAUGGACGAAAGCUCCCGCCUUUGGGACGUCUGCCAUGUGAUCAAGCUUGGCGUCUCGGGCAUGGAGAACUACUGCUCCGCCGGAGCUGACAUGGUCUCCUCGCUCGAGGAAUGGCGCCGCAAUCCCAAUUCCCACCACGCCCGCCAGGUGAAGCGGGCGAUCUCUAUUUGCCGGAGAGAGGCCAUGGGGUUGGAGGAGGAGAACAGAGUGCUGAUGGAGACGAGGAUCGAGCCCAUGUCGCUCCGGUUCGACGACCGGGCGCCCAUGGAAUCCAGGUACAACAACGGAUACAAUGGCUUCAGGGGAGUGCUGUACGCGCUGAAGAACUCCAGCUCUCUGCUGCUGAUGAUCCUGCUGUGGGGAUCAGUCUCCUGCUGGCCCGAGCCGGCAGUCAUGGAGGACUCCCUUUUCUUCGGCCCCGGCUUCAUGGCCUCCAUAGCGAGGCUGCAGCAGAGGGUGGUAGAAGAGACUGAAGGAACAGACGCCCGGCCGGGAAUCCUGAUGCAUGAGUUCCGGCAGGCGAGGGCCGCGACUGAGGAGCUGCUGCAAGAGCUGGAGAGGGCUGCGGCCAUGGGGUGUGAGUCAGAUAUCAUGGGAGGAAGCCCAAAGGGGAAGGUGGAGGGAUUGAAAGAAUGGUUUGGAAUGCUGAGAACUGGAACUGACAUGCUUGUGGGCCAGAUAGAUGAUUUCUUUGAUGAGAUCGUGGAAGGAAGAAAGAAACUACUGGAUAUUUGCAGCCAUAGGUGAAGAAGAAGGUAGGCAGAACCAGUAACAAGCAAGCAAGAUCUAACGAGUCUUCACACUGGUUCUUCUUUCUGUGUUCUAACACAAAUAGCAGUAACACUUGAGCUUGUUGUUCCUUGCCAUCGAUCCAAAUCUACCGGAUUUCUUUGUUUUUCCAUGUUAUUGCUUUCAGAUGUAAUAGAAAAGGUUUUGUUUUGAGUA